AUGGGGAAGUUGGAGGGUGUUCUACGCGAGGCGGCCAAGCGCGUGUUCAACAUCGACAUCGCGCUGACGAUCACUGGCCGUACGCAGCGCUCCGUGCAUUUGUCGACAGGAGAAAAAGUGGAAGAGCACGUCAUCUUUCUCAUCAGAACCGUCCAAAAGGAGGGCUCCCCAACUGAACUGCUCGGAAACCCGGGCCGGAUGUCGCCGAUCGGAAAAGAUUUCAAGCUGCGCGUGACGCAGGCCGACUUCAUCGCCACGUUCCCGUACCACGUGGUCGUCGACCAGGACUGCAAAAUUGUGCAGUGCGGCCGUGAGCUAUACAACUACGUCCCGCGCGAGCUGCUCGAGCCGGGCACACCGUUGAUGCGGGUCUUUGAGAUUAGUCGCCCGCAAAUUCCGCUGGAGUUUGACAUGAUUUGCAACUUUAUCAACGCAGUUUUUGUGUUGCAGGUAAAAACCACCCCAAUGGACCUCCGUCGCAGUCAGGGUCUAGACCACAAACGUGACAGCGUCGCCACCAACGUCAGCUCGACCGCCUCGAUCAGCGCCACCGGGGCCAUCAGCGAGAGUUCGGCGACCUCGUCCCGUCGUGGAUCUCGUCGGAAGCGGGCACGGCAAAUCUUCGCGAGUGCCAGAGGGUUCCCAUCCAUCACAAUCUCUUCCUAUGAUUCGACCCGAGAACUGUCGGCCAUUUUCGAUUUGGACGAGGAGGAUAUAUCAGAAGGGGAUGAAGACUCUGACUCGCAAGAACAAAUCCUGAAAGCGAUCCAAGCUAUUCAGGAAGAGCCGAGUGGGAGGGAAGAACCGGCUGGAGGCUUUGAUUAUGAUUGGGUGGCAUGUCAGAAGACGUUGCGGGGGAAGACACCCCCAAAGUACUACCCACCGUACCAGGAGCACAGCCCGCCAAGGGGGACGAAGGGCCGAACGGCCAGUCUUGUACAGUUCCCGAGGACACCGCCCGCGCCGCGCCCCGACGCCCACGUCGAGCACAGUGGACAGCAUCUGAAGCUGAAGGGGCAGAUGAUGUUGGCUGCGAAUGGGAAGACCAUCAUUUACCUUUGUUCACCAUACGUCACUAGUAUCCCGGAGUUGCUGUCAUUUGGUAUGCGACUGACUGCCAUGCCGCUACACGACGCUACUCGGGAUCUGAUUCUACUGAAUCAGCAACGUCUUAGCGAUGUCGAACUAAACCUCCAGCUCGAGGCCAACAACGAGCAACUCGAGGUGAUGGCCAAGGAUUUGGAGCUGGAGAAGUCCAAAACCGACGCGCUACUCUUCGAAAUGUUGCCAGCCUCUGUGGCUCAGCAGCUGAAAAAUGGAAUGAGCGUCGAUGCGAAGGAAUACGCCGAGGCGACGGUGAUGUUCUGCGACGUUCCCACGUUCCAGCAGAUCGUUCCGCAAUGUGAGCCAAAGGAUGUGGUCAUGCUCCUCAACGACCUCUUCACCCGCUUCGACAGAUUGGUCGUGUUGCAAAGGGCCUACUACGUCUACUCCCCAUACUCGUACGCCUACGCUGCCUCUCCGGCCGUGUACGCCUCGCCGUACGCCGCGUACGCCCCGGCCGCGUAUGCCGCCCCUGCUGCCUACGCCGCCGCCCCCGCCUACGCCCUCUGGGGAUCCAACAAGGGAGGAGCCCCGGCCCCUGGAGCUGAAGCCCCUGCCCCGGCCGCUUCCGGACUGACGAACGACGCCAAGAAGAAC